CGCAGAACUACAAACGUGCCAGGAGACUGCAUCGACAUGGGCGUUGUUUCCCUGCACCACUAGCAUAGAUCUGAGGAGGAUUGCAUUCGGUGAUUUUAUUGCAUUUGGGCCCCUCUCACCCUCCACUGUCAUUAUCAUGGCCUCUGCGGUGACGUCUGUCGUAGACGCUUCCUCGGCAGCAUUACGACCGUCAAGCGCUGCUCCAGAAGCUGCCCAGGUUGCUUCCAGGUCGACGUUUGGUCUGCUGGGACGUGUCAUUCUGUCGAUUCUCAGCGUGCUUCCAAGCGUUCUCGUCUGGGUGUCAUACACCUUACCGACAUGGCUGUUCGCCCUGUUCUCAACUACUCUCACAUUUACCAUGAACUUCAGCUCUUUAAUGUUGGUGGUGAUCUUUCUAGUGUCCACAGUCACCUAUUUCGUGAGGUACCGCUAUUUGACAAUGUACGCGAGAUUGCCUCCCGAACCACAGCGCGAAGAGCCUCAGGUCGAGGUGUUCCCAGAGAGCCAAGAGGGCGACGACAAGAGGGCCUUUGCAAACUACAUGGACGAGUUCUUGAGUGCUAUCAAAGUGUUCGGUUAUCUGGAGCGUCCGGUCUUUCACGAAUUGACGAGAACCAUGCAGACUCGGCGGCUUGCAGCAGGCGAAACGAUCUUGCUGGAAGAAGAGAAGGGUUUCUGUUUAGUCAUGGAUGGUCUUGUUCAAAUCUUUGUCAAAUCGAAGCGUGAGAGCGCUGACUCUGACGAGGAGGCGUCGUCGAACGAGUCGCCUCACCAAGGCCACAGCCAGGGCUACCAGCUGUUGACCGAGGUGAGAAAUGGAGCGCCCAUGUCAUCUUUGUUCUCUAUCUUGUCGUUGUUCACAGAAGAUAUCAAGCUCCGACACGACGAGGCGGACGUCGACUCCAGCCUCCCUGGAACACCACACACCGGACGACCGAGACCAUCGAUGAGUCGCGAAAGCAGCUUUGCGAACAUGGAUGACUCAAGACCGCAUACGCCUCAACAAGCACCUCGUGUACAACCGGGACACCGAAGGGCUUCUUCGACUUUAGCAAGUCCUACGGCGGGAGGCCGAUUGCAGAGCGUACCACCGCUGUCGUUGGAUCUCGACGAGUACGGGGACCGGAUCAAGUCUACCAAACGUCAAAAUUCAACUUCGCGAUCUGCAAAGCCCAAAUCCACGCAUCCUGACAUUGUAGCUCGAGCGGUUGUAGAUACGACAAUAGCCAUCAUCCCCGCAACAGCAUUCCACCGGCUGACACGUGUCUAUCCUAAAGCAACUGCACACAUCGUUCAGGUCAUUCUUACACGCCUACAAAGAGUCACCCUUGCGACCAGCCAUGCGUACCUCAGUUUGACGAAUGAGGUGCUACGUACGGAAAAGUUGAUGAACAAGUAUACGACCUAUGACCUACCAGGUUUCUUACGCGAUGCGCCUCUGGAGAGACUCAAAGAGAAGUUUGCAAAAGAGACGGAGCGAAUUGGUGCAGAUGAGGGCAUGCAAGGUAUUGCACUGCACAAUCCAAGCGCUGGGCGUCGUCGUCGACCCAGUACCUCGCUCAGACGUGGUACAGCUGCGCAAGCCCGACUCGCUGCGGCUCGGGGAACUUCGAUGGAAGCUAACAGCCAGAUUGAGCUAAAGAAAGCUUCCUUGGAACCAUCAUUUCGUAAUGAUCGUAUCAGUGCAGGGGAUCUAUUGACCAACACCCAAAUGGCUCGUAGCGCGGGGCGUUCAGGCCGCGGCAAUAGCUUUUCUCAGCCUUAUCAACAUGAGAAUCGUCGAGACGCUCGCACUCCCCUUGAUUCCGGUAACUUCAACCCAUUUGCUUCGCCAUCAGCACGACCGCCCAUACAGCGACAGGAAUCGAUAGACGAAGCUACGAUCUUCAGACAAUCUGUGCUCGACUGCAUGUUCAAGGCAAUCGGCCUGACUGAUCUCGAAAACCCCAUGCCGAAGCCAGCUGGGUCUGUGGAGCAGUCGCCGAGGAUGCUGUCUUUCGACAAUAAGCGACAGAAGGCCGUGUUCACUAAUGCGUUUGGCCUCAUGGAUUCCUUUGAAGGCGGAGACACCGAGUCCAUGAUAUCCGCGUCGAACCUUUCCAGUAUCAGCGGGGUUAACCAUCAAAAUCUACUGGAAGAGAUCGUACACGAAGUCGAGAUUGUAUACUUUCCAAAAGACUCGGUCCUUGUCGAACAAGGAGAAAGGAACCCUGGAUUGUAUUAUGUCGUCGAUGGGUUCCUUGAUGUCAGCGUUGCUGUCGAUGAGGAUAGCUCGGAAUCAAAUGUACUUGGAACCUCGCCCACCACAGCCCUCAGCCAAGAGGAGCUCUUUGGCGCUCCACUCAAGCAAACUUCAACAAGCGGUUCUACUCGCAACCUAGCCGAAAGUAUCAUCAAGAAGAAGAAACCGCGCAAGAGCUUGUUCAUGACCAAACCUGGUGGGCUGGCCGGCUACCUGGGGACUGUGUCCUCAAAUCGAUCGUUCGUGGACGUUACAGCCAAGACUGAUGUCUACGUUGGGUUUCUGCCACGAGCAUCCAUCGAGAGGAUCGUUGAGAGAUAUCCCGUGGUCCUCCUGACAAUGGCUAAACGCCUGACUACACUCUUGCCUCGCCUGAUCCAACACAUUGACUUCGCUCUCGAAUGGGUGCAGGUGAAUGCCGGCCAGGUCAUUUACAACCAAGGCGAAGAAAGCGAUGCCAUCUACAUUGUACUCAAUGGACGUCUGCGGGCUAUACAAGAUGCCGAGAAGAGCGGUACAAUGAAGGUAAUUGGAGAGUAUGGCCAAGGCGAUAGUGUUGGUGAACUUGAAGUCCUGACAGAGUCCGCACGUCCUGGUUCGCUGCACGCCAUCCGCGACACGGAGCUUGCCAAGUUCCCGAAGACUCUAUUUAAUAGCCUUGCAUUGGAACAUCCUGGGAUCACUAUCAAGAUCUCAAAGAUCAUAGCAUCGCGUAUGCGGUCGCUCAUGGAUGACCCCUUGUUCGAACAAACGAAAGAGCGAGGCAGCAAAGCAACACGAACAAACGUCUCGUCUACCGUCAACCUACGAACAAUUGCCAUUCUACCUGUCACAGCCGGCGUACCAGUCGUUGACUUCGCAAGCCGCCUAAUGAAUGCCCUUACUCAGAUUGGCACCCCUCGGGGCGUGGUCUCGCUCAAUCAGGCUGCCAUCCUCAAUCAUCUCGGGCGACAUGCUUUUAAUCGCAUGGGUAAGCUGAAGUUGUCGCAGUACCUGGCAGACCUGGAGGAGAAGUAUGGUAUGAUUCUUUACGUUGCCGACACCCCUGUCAAAUCACCUUGGACGCAGACUUGUGUCAGUCAAGCAGAUUGCAUCCUCCUCGUUGGCUUAGCUGAACUGUCGCCCAAUAUUGGAGAAUACGAGCGCUUCCUUCUGACAACCAAAACAACGGCUCGUAAAGAGCUGGUUAUGUUACACUCAGAACGAUACUGCCCACCUGGUCUGACGCGCAAGUGGUUGCGUAAUCGCCCCUGGAUCAACGGAAGUCAUCAUCAUAUCCAGAUGUCAUUCCGUGCUACGCAGGAACCGGUCCAUCAUGCAGGACGUCGCUUUGGAAAUGCGUUGAAACAGCGCGUACAGGUCAUCCAAGCCGAGAUCCAGAAGUACACCUCGAGGAGGGUGCGCCAGACCCCGCUGUACUCGGCCGAAACGCCGUUCAAGGGUGAUUUCCACCGACUAGCGAGGCGAUUGUGUGGCAAGUCGGUCGGUCUGGUCUUGGGUGGUGGAGGUGCCCGCGGUAUUUCGCAAAUCGGUAUCAUCAGGGCGCUUGAAGAGACGGGAAUCCCCAUCGACAUCAUUGGUGGUACCUCUAUUGGCGCCUUUAUUGGCGCGUUAUACGCAUGGGAUGCUGAUGUUGUGCCAAUGUACGGACGAGCGAAGAAAUUCGCAGGCCGUAUGGGCAGCAUGUGGAGGUUUGCACUUGACCUGACAUACCCUUCUGCAUCCUACACAACUGGUCACGAGUUCAACCGCGGCAUCUUUAAGACCUUCGGCAACUCGCAAAUGGAAGACUCUUGGCUAGAGUUCUACUGCAACACGACAAACAUAAGCAAAUCGCGCUCUGAGAUCCACACCUCAGGCUAUGUCUGGCGUUACGUCCGCGCCUCCAUGUCUCUCGCCGGCCUCCUUCCCCCUCUAUGUGACAAUGGCAGCAUGUUGCUGGACGGUGGCUAUAUCGACAACCUCACCGUCGCACACAUGAAGAGCCUCGGCGCAGACGUGAUCUUCGCUGUCGACGUCGGCAGCUUAGACGACGACACACCACAGGCCUUUGGCGAUUCCCUUUCCGGUUUCUGGGCCACGUUCAACCGCUGGAACCCCUUCUCAGCAUUCCCCAACCCGCCAACCUUGUCCGAGAUCCAGUCUCGUCUCGCCUACGUCUCUAGUAUUGAUGCGCUGGAGCGUGCGAAGAAUACACCAGGGUGCAGGUAUAUGCGUCCGCCGAUCGAUCCAUAUGGCACCCUCGAUUUUGCGAAAUUCGAGGAGAUUUAUGAAGUAGGCUACAGGUAUGGUAAGGAGUUCCUGAUGGGUCUCAAGGAGCAGGGUGUGUUGCCUAUAACGGAGGAGACUGAGAAGGAGAGGGACUUGAGGAGGACUAUGGCACCAAGACGAGCAUCUAUCUAGUGUCGCUAUAUAGUGACACAUGGUAUGCUGCCAAGUUAAUAUUGCCAUGUUCGUCCGCGCGGUUGCGAGUCAGCGAGCAAGCUGAUGCAAAGGGUAAAUGACAUGGACGCGACUGCAGACCGAGUUUGUGUGAUACAUGCAUUCUGCCUCGGACGAACAAUCCCGCUCGCCACCACAACUCAUCAGAUGCAGCAGUGUACCGUAUAUAGCUUGCGUCUCUAUUGACCAAUGGUGUCGCAACCGAACAUGCGGCUACAUCCCAACUUAGCUAUAAAUCCAUACCAAUAACCAAAGACUGACGUCUCCAGCCUUACCAAGAUAUUUACCGCUCUCUAGCAUUAUUAGUGUACUCUGUAACGCCUGUCAAAUGGAUCUAUAGUGGCAC